AUGAAACUCAAGCUGGUGAGGAAAAAAGACAUUCCUCAACUACAAAAGGCUACAGUCUUUGUCAGAGGCAGCGAUAUCGACAAGGAACGCAUGCUCGAGGUCUUCAGCCUUCAAAACAAGACCCUGCAUGUGAUGGAAUGGGAAGUCUUCCACGGGGAGGAGAAAGAGGAUGGGACUCUCCUUGUAUUAGGCUUGGGCAGAUCUUCAAGGGCAAGUCUGGCUAAGUUAAAGGGCAAGGCGCACUACGUGUCCAAUGCCCUUUACUACAAAAUCGGGAAGGCAAGGAUUGGAGACGAUGAAGCCAAUGACAACAGCGAGGUGAAAGUACCCAGCAACAAAGAGGAGGGAACAGAGGAGAAGAGAUUCUUCGUUUUUGCCUUUGCUGCCAUAGCAGCUGCAUCCGCAGCUUCUAUAAACAGCGAAUAUUUACCACCCGUGGUGGAUAAUAGCCUGAUAACUCAGGAGUAUAUCGCACCAGAAGUGAAUGCCGAAGUCGCUCCAAUUGCCGAAGAUGGUUAUCGCUACAAGGUUGUACGUAAACUUAAGUUUAGACAACGUCGCGAUGUAAGCGAAUUAAUGAACAAUGAAUAUUUGCCCCCAAGCACCGAAACUGCAGCCGCCACUGAGGAAACUGUAGCAGUCGAGGAACCAGCUGUUGAAGCCGCCCAAGACAGCGCAGUUUUGGCUGAUGAUGGUUAUCGUUACAAGACCGUACGUCGCAUUCGUUAUCGUCGUCGUCGUGAUGUCAACGAAUUGCCAACCAACGAAUACUUGCCUUCAGUUGCCGCCACUGAACAAGAAGUUGCCGUCGAAGCACCUGUUGAAUUUCCUGUAGAAGCUGCUUCCCAAGAAUCUGCCGUCUUGGCCGAUGAUGGUUAUCGUUACAAGACUGUGCGUCGCAUACGUUAUCGUCGUCGACGUGAUGUCAACGAAUUGCCAACCAACAAAUAUUUGCUUCCAGUUGAUGCCAUCGAACAAGAAGUUGCCGUCGAAGCUCCCGUAGAAGCUGCUUCCCAAGAAACUGCCGUCUUGGCUGAUGAUGGUUAUCGUUACAAGACCGUACGUCGCAUUCGUUAUCGUCGUCGUCGUGAUGUCAACGAAUUGCCAACCAACGAAUACUUGCCUUCAGUUGCCGCCACUGAACAAGAAGUUGCCGUCGAAGCCCCUGUUGAAGCUGCUUCCCAAGAAUCAGCCGUCUUGGCCGAUGAUGGCUAUCGUUACAAGACCGUGCGUCGCAUCCGUUAUCGUCGUCGUCGCGAUGUCAAUGAAUUGCCAACCAAUGAAUAUUUGUCUCCAGUUGCCGCCACUGAACAAGAAGUUGCCGUCGAAGUCCCUGUUGAAGCCGCUUCCCAAGAAACUGCCGUCUUGGCUGAUGAUGGUUAUCGUUACAAGACCGUACGUCGUAUCCGUUAUCGUCGUCGUCGCGAUGUUAAUGAACUUCCCUCAAACGAAUAUUUGCCUCCAUCUGAAUCUCAAACCGAAGAAGUCAUCAGUGUUGUUUCUGUUCCCGAACAGACUGCCGUCUUUGGUGAUGAUGGUUAUCGCUAUAAGACAGUUCGUAAACUUAAGCAUAGACGCCAUUAA